AUGUGCGACGUCCCGCCCGGCGUCCCGUACGACGUCCUCGUCACCGGCUCCGCCGGCCACCUCGGAACCGCCCUCAUGCUCCGCCUGCCCGAGCUCGGCUUCACGCCCCUCGGCGUCGACGUCGUCCCCUCGGACUCGACCACGGCCGUCGGCUCCGUCGCCGACCGGCCCUUUGUCGCCCGCCUCCUCGCCUCCCACCCCGUCAAGCACAUCCUCCACGCGGCGACGCUGCACAAGCCCCACGUCGGCACCCACGCCAAGUCGGACUUUGUCGACACAAACGUCACCGGCACCCUCGUCCUGCUCGAGGAGGCGGCCCGCCUCGGCGACGCCGUCGAGAGCUUCGUCUUCUUCAGCACCACGAGCGCCUUUGGCCGAGCCCUGAGCCCCGAGCCCGGCCACCCCGCCGUCUGGAUCGACGAGUCGGUCGUGCCCGUGCCCAAGAACAUCUACGGCGUCACAAAGGUCGCCGCCGAGGACCUCUGCGCCCUCGUCCACCGCCAGACCGGCAUGCCCGUCCUCGUCCUGCGCCUGAGCCGCUUCUUCCCUGAGGAGGACGACGACGACGACCGCCGCGCCGCCCUCGCCGACGACAACCUCAAGGUGCUCGAGCUCGCCUACCGCCGCUGCGACAUUGCCGACGUCGUCUCCGCCGCCGCCUGCGCCAUGAAGCGCGCCCGGGCCCUCGGCUGGGCCAAGUACAUCAUCAGCGCGCCGCCGCCCUUUGCCAACGACGCCGAGACGCUCGCGGCCCUCGAUGCCGACCCGGCCGCCGUCUUCGCCCGCGUCUGCGACGCCGUCGACGCCGUCUUCGAGGAGCGAGGCUGGAAGCACCUCGACCGCGUCGAUCGCGUCUACGACUCGGCCAAGGCCGUGCGGGAGCUCGGCUGGCGGCCCGAGUACACGUUUGAGAGGGCCGUCGAGAGGCUCGCCGACGGUCGGCCCUGGCGGAGCGAGCUCGUCGACCUCGUCGGCCGCAAGGGCUACCACGCCUCGAGCACGGGCGUGUACACAAAGUGA